GGUUUAGGAGUGUGGAUGAAUAAAUAAAGAUUGAACGAAAAUGGGUACUCUGAAAGCUUUAGUCAACAUCGAUGGAGGUUCUCUAUGGGCUCCUUACAAAGAUCUUUAUGCCAAAGUCGGUGCUGCUAUUUAUUAUAAAGAUCCUGAUGCUGUACCUGAAUUGGAAGCAGCCCUCAAGAAAUACAAACCAGACUUCAUUUCUCUUUUGAAAAACCCUGCACAAAGCCAGAUCCACAAAGAUACUGUGAGUAAAGCUUCUACACGGGGUAUUGAUGUUGUUGGUCACUCAACCCCCCAGAUUCUUCCUCAAGCUAUGGUGGAUGAAGCAUUAAUUCUGAGUGACCUGUUUGAUUUGAAUGAGUUAGUAGCACUUGAACUUUUGAUAGCAGGUCAACAACAGCAGCCACAUUUUCCUAGUCUUACACGAGGAGUUGUGGCAGUUCUGCUGUAUUAUGAUGGUCACCGUUGUUUGGUUAAUGCACUGAGAACCUUAGUUCAAGCUAGAAAAGGGAAAACAUGGACUUUAGGGUUAAAUAAUGAAUUAGUGUCAAUUAUUACCAAGUACACAGAUCAGCUGAAGGAGGAAGGACUAAUCAUGAAGGUCCUAGAUUUGCUGGAACGGAUUGAUCUGACUAAAGAGAUAGACAAAUUACAGAAGAACAGAGCUCUAGGUGGACCAAGAUACAGAAAACAAGUUGUAAAUAUGAUUGAAGAAAUUCGUCAGUCACUUGCAGAAAUCAUCUUUUGUUGGGCCUGUCAGGGGAUGCUGACAAAACAAGAGACAUUAAGACUAAUUACUCACCUUGCCGCUCACAGUGGUACCUGUGCAGAUGGUACUCUAGAUAAUAGCACCCUUACUUUAGUCAUGGCACUAAUGUAUGCAAUUGAUGUAGGGCCUCUCCAGACAUGUGCAGAUACUGAUGAAGUUGUUCAGAAUUUGCUGUUGAUAGUAAAUACUAGCACAGCCGUAGCUGUGCAUAAAGAAUUAAUGACAUCAGGGACCACGUGGCAAAUACCAGGAUUAAAGGCCAUUAUACAGCUGUCAUGGGCUAUCACUCUUCGAACACUAUCUCAGUUUCCUCCAGCUUCACAGGGUCUAGAUUUUGGUAGUUGUAUUGAAGAAGAUGAGAAAACACUUGACAUCGCUGUGGAGAAUUCAGCAUUUCUUUUUCUUCAAAACCUCAUUGUGAGCAGCUCUUCUUUUCAUCAAGAGGAAUUCUUCGUGAAACGUAUCCACAGCCUUGUGAUUGACUUCAUCAUUUUAAUGCCUCUAAAGGUGAAGGAGCUGCGUAACCGAGGUGAUGAAACAGCAAGAAUUAUUGCAGCUCAUGUGCAAGAAGGCCUAGAAUCACCAGUUAAUCUUCCUCGUCACUUUGAACAGCUACUGGAACUGAUUGCAGAAUUAUAUAGUAAAGAUCCAUUAGGUUUGGAGUUGAUUUCUGAAUACUGGUGUCCAGACAAUACUGCUGAUACCUUUACAUAUAGACCAAUACAACGACAGGUUUCACUGUAUAAAUUUGUGCGGCUGGCAGGUGAUCUGUUACCUGCUUCUCUCUUUGUUCCGUAUAUGAAGAUGCUAACAAGUCUCUCGGGGUCUCCUACUUGUGCACAUCAUUGUUUUAAUCUGCUGAAAAUGAAUGGACGAAAUGCUGGUACACAAUGCAGCAUUGUGUCAUGGGACCACUUUUUUGAUUCUAUACACCGCUACUACACAAAUCUUCGUCAAGAUGCACCUAUGACCUCUGACACCCAACACCUGUAUCGCCAGCGCCCAAUCACACGUGGGAUUACACCACAGGAAGUUGAUGGGCUUAUAGCUGUGCUGAGUCUAAUGGAAAAAGUUGUUUUUCAGGAUGAGACAGCAAGGAUUGCUAUAGCAGAAAACCCACAGUUUGUGCCUGUGGUGGUAUUUUUGGGUUUAGUAAGCUGUAGUGUACCUCCAGAGUUGAAAGCUGUCUUGUUGAAAACAUUGUCUGCUUUUGCUCGGACUGUUGAUGUAGCAGCAACCAUAUGGCACCACAUGGAAGUUUCUCAGCUUAUCCCUGUGAGAUCAGUUACAGGUUACCAUCCAAUGGGAAUACAGAUGGAUUUAGAAGAAGUAGAAGCCAGGAAUGAGGAGUUUCCUAUCACUAGAGCAAUACUAGGUUUGAUUCACUCACUUUUCAGUAGCAUCUUGUCAGAGGGAUCAGGAGCUAGUAGUCCAAGCUUUAAUCCAUAUUUGGAGUUUGUUCGUGAUUGCGUCUUCUUGAGGUUUCACACAAGGGCAUACAAGAAUGAAGGAGAAAAGUGGGAAGUAGCAGCCUUGUGCCUUCGUAUUCUAGAACAGUUUCUAAGACAUUAUGACAUGUCUCUGGAAGACUUCCUUAGUAAACAGCCUGGUGGUGGUUCCAUCUCCUCUGCAGUUCAGGCAGGGUAUGCUGUGAUGGCUCAUCUUCUUCAGGAUGGAGGCUUACUUAAAAUUAUACUGCUUAUUUUAGAUGAGGGAGUCAGGCUCUUUGAUCAAUAUUCACCAAUAACAGGUCAGAAGUACCUUGAAGAAAGUACUUUGUUGUGUUUGAAACUGCUGGAGAUUGGAUUGAUGAAGCAAGAAGGCUUCAUGUACCUCAUUAGAGAAAGUGGAAGUGGACUUAUGGUAACUGGACUGGACAGACUUUUAAUGGGAAUUAAUCCCCGUUCUGGACAAGCAGAUCAUCUCAUUAUCAUCACAAAGUACUUGACAUUCAACACUUUUCUAACAGAACAUGCUCUUGCUGUGACUCAAAUAUUGAAUUUACUGUGUCUGAACUCUCAAACUGCACAGCAGUUGGUUGGAAUAUUAUCUUCGGACCCGAAAGAAAAUGGUAUUCUACUUCAUGGUUUUGUGGAAUGUCUAGAUUCUGAGGAUGUUGAAAAGAUGAAAGGUGAAGGAAGUGAAUCCUUGUUGAGUUCAAGUAAUACUCGAAGUACUACACGUCAACUGAUCUUGCAACUUUUACUGACCUGUCUCAAACAUCCUCCACAUAAUUUGGCUCACAUGCUUUUGGGUUUUGACCUUCGUCGUCCUAUUCCUCAAACAACUCUACAAGACCCUGGGGUUCUGGGAUCAUCAAGAACUUGUCUCCAUGCUGCUCUUGCUUUCUUAGACCGAGGUAGUGAUAAUUUUGGGUAUCCUUCCUGUGUCUCUGACUCUCCAAAGGCUGCCUCACUGGCCUAUCAGCUUAUCUACACACUCUGUGCCAAUAAAGACACAUCAGGUUCAGUGAUGCGGUACUUGAGAACAACACAUGACUUUCUGUACAGACAUUUACAGUUCCUACCUUUCAAGGCAUCAGAUGACACACUAACCUGGUAUCAACAAUCAUGGCUUUUACGGGCCAUAGCAGUGGAACUACGUGUGACUGUUGCUCAUCACCAACGAUCACAUGUCCAACGUUUAUUAUCUUCUUUACUUGAAGACACUCCAGUGAUUGGUAAAGGGGCAGAUAUGACAUCAGACUCUGGAACAAGCUUUCUUGGAACAUCAUUUCUUUCUCAAUCUGUAGUAUCAUCUGCAUCUGACCCAACAAGACGCAAGCUUAUGAAGAUAUUAGACACGCUAAGUUUCACCGAGUCUUGGCCUUCUUCUCCAGGAUGGGAAUAUUUUGAUUCAGUGGAAGUGGAGAAAUUAAUGAAAGAAUGCGAAGUAAAUAUUGAAGGCAGAACAUCUCUGGUUGAUGUAAAGGAGUUCCAUAGACGUUUGGCUGAAGUGAUGUCAAGCGUACAGAGUGUUUCAGCAAUUGGGCAACGUCCUUUAGUGGUGCAGGAAGUACGAAGUAUUUUACAGUUUGCUUUAGAAAGAAACAAAGUUUGUGAAAUUUUGCAUGCAAAGCAACAGCUUCUGGAAGCCUGGAGGUUAGUGACAGAAGUAAUAUUUACUGCUUGUCCAGUGGACAUUGUUGGAGCUCUACAGAAACAUCAAGUUAUUUUGGAGAUUUCCCAAGAAUUGUUACAGAAGGUCCUGUCAGAAAGUAUGUUACCAGAAGCAACUGUGGCAGCUUCAGGUGUCAUCCUUACCUUGAUGACAACAUUACAUCACAGUUUUCUUCCUUGUAUAUUUCCUUCAAAGUCCACAUCCAUUUGUUCUCAAGGUGGAAGGGGUAGUCAGCCACUGGACUCCGUCCACUAUAUGACCUAUUCCACAUCUCUUGUUGUAGUGCUCAAAGGGAUUCUGGAAUCUUUGAUGAAUGUUGGAGGUGGUUUGCAGAGGGUUAGAGCAAACUAUUAUGGAGCAUUAUUAAAUCUGUUGAGAAUUAUUCAGAGACCAAGUGAUGUUCAAGCUUUUCAGAAACCAGGAGUAGGAAUAUCAGUUUUGGGACAGAUAUCAGAUAGUGAAAAAUUACACAGAGAGUAUCUGGAGGUGAUUUUGGGGUUUGGAGAACCUCUAAUGGAAACAAUGUGUCGGGAUGCUUGUGGAGGUCAUCAAAUUACCAGGAUGUUAGCCCUGGCUUCAUUAGAUACUAUAAUUUCUCUGGACUCUCAGCAGAUUUUGUUAAAUUUUAUGGUCAGUAAAGGAUAUUUACGACAUCUAGUUGAUAGUAUUUUGAAGGAUGAUGAAGAGCUACAGAAAAUUCUAACAAAGACGGCAGAUUCCAUUAAAAGUCUCUACAUAUAUGAGUCCAAAAUGUCAUUGUUAGCAAGAAUUGGUGGGUCUUCUGCUGGGGCCAUUGCUCUUUUACAAAGUGGAAUUUUUGGACGAUUGGCAGAGUGUGGUUCACUGGAUUUAUGGCCACAGGAAGAUAACAGUAUGCAAAUUGGAAGUUUAGAAGAAAGAGAAGACUGGAUGAUGCCAAACACUGCCAAAUGUUACCAACAAGUUUUGAUGCCUGCUUUGAAGGUGAUACUGGUUGUCCUUACAUCUCUGGGAUUGUUCCAUAAAGAAGCCAUCCACCAGAUGUUAAAUUUUGUAGCUGCUCAUAUGGAGUUAUUUUCAACUAUUCUUCGCCAGCGUCGUUCAACACUUUCCAUAGAAAUGUUGGAGCACUUAUCUCUUGUCACUGCACUCCUCUCAAGAGCACCACUGGAUGAGAGGUGGGAUGACUCUCUUUUGGCUGAUACCUCCCUUCUGGAACGUCGGGGUCAGUUGAGUUUACUUCGUUACCAACUCUUGGCUAUGCUACCAAAUCUAAUCAACACAACACCUGCACGACAAAAUGUUUCAUUUAGUGUAUAUCAAAAAAGCCAAAAAAUCAACGAAGACACAGAAGCUCGUGUGAGGGUCUUGUCUAUGCAAGUUGCUGCCAACAUCAUCUCUUCAUGUUGCACCCUUGUGUCACGAUCAGGCCGUGAUGCCAAAUCCUGUCGAAUAAUACUUGCCCCAACCUUGAGUGAUGCCACAACUAGAGAAACUUACUAUACACCAGGUACUGGUGGAAAUUUUGGCUCUGGAGGAGUUCACUUGGCAGCUGGUCGUCCACCAGGACUGGGAUGGUUGAUCAACCUACUUCAGCAGAGUUGUUCACAACUUCAUAAGGCUGCCAGCAGUCACAAGAGUCUUUUAGCUCAACAAGAAGGAAUUGAAGCUUUGAGUUCAGAAGAACUUGCAGAGCUUCUUCCUGAAGGAGUAAAACUAGAAAGUUCCUCAAGACAGCAGCAGCGGGAUCUAGUUAGACAGCACCUUCUAAAACUGAGUUCAAGUAGAAAACAGGAAGUUGACUUAGAUUGUUUUAUCAUAGAGAGUGCACUGUUCCUUUUGUGGCGCCAUCUAGAAUAUUUUCUACUCCACUGUGUAGGAGAUGAACAAGAAAAGCCUGGUUUCAUUGGAAGGACACCCUUACGUCGCUUGCAAGAACAAACCAAUAUAGACUCUCAAACACAUGGUAGUGAGUCCCCUGGAUUAAAUAGUACACCUGCGGAACUGAGGAUUAGCUCCUCUGACCUAGAAAUUCUCAAAAAAGAUGUUCAAAAUGUGCUGGAUGAUACAUUAUUUAAGAAACUUCACAGUGUAGAACAGAAUUUCAUAAGGGGAAGAACACACGUCAGUUUCGUUGAAGCACUAUUGAGACGUAUCAAACGAUUGGUUAAACUCAGUGCAAAGUAGUUUUUUUCUGUACAAUUAAUUUUGUUUAUUCAUUAAACAGUGUUCUAUUUUAAGAGAUCCAAAUAAAGAUUUACAAACAAAGAA